AUGAAUUCGCUCCGCCCGCUCCAUGUCCUUCGCUCAGCCCAGCUUGCCUCGCCGGUGACAUGCCCACAAGUCCGUCACUUCCACCCGACCAAACCCGCUCGGUUAAUCAACGAAGUAGUGGAAACCUCCACCGGGCUCAUUCAUGGCGUCCACUCCCUGUCGGGCCUACCAUGGGUUGCCUCUAUACCACUCACCGCUGUGCUCGUUCGAAUGGUAGUCGCAUUACCACUGCAGAUAUACACUCGGAUAAACAGCCGCCGUGAUCAAGAUCUCAAUCCACUCUUGCAUUCCUGGCGCGAGUUCUACCAAAAGCAAGCCCAGUCGCAGCGACUUGGAGCAGCUGCCGCCAAAACUAAAGUCCAAGUGUCCAUUCAAAACCGAGGACAACAACUACGCUCCCGCUGGAAUGUGUCCAGCUACUACCGACCAGCCAACUUCCUGCAGGUGCCCAUCUGGAUUUCGCUGAUGGAGAGUCUGCGCGCCAUGUGCGGCAACGAGAACGGCCUGCUGUCAAUGUUGCAUGUGAUGUUUAAGCGUGAUUUUGAAUCCAGCUCCGCCGUCGGGUCUCUCCCUUUAAAUAUCGAGCCGUCUCUCGCUAACGAGGGAGCGCUCUGGUUCCCGGAUCUGCUGGCCGGAGACCCCACGGGGAUCCUUCCGGCUGUUCUGACGGCAUCGAUUUUGCUGAAUGUUCGGACCGGCUGGAAUACUACGCCGCUGACUGAAGCCGCCGAUAUGCCCGCGCUACAGAUGUACCGGGUCUCUUUUUUCAAUGGACUGCGGGUAUUCAUCCAGGUCCUCGCGCUCAACGUGGGGAUUUCUAGCUGGUUCUACGGCAUGCCGACCGCGCUCAUGAUCUACUGGAUCACUAGUACCAAUGUUGCGACGUUGCAGACCAUGUUGCUGGGAAAGUACAUGUUCUUGCAACCGCCGUUUCCUCCCUACAAGAAAAUGUACUAUCGCUACUCCAGACCGGGCACCUCUGAUCCUUUUAUGACGAAACUGCGGUAA